UAGGUGGAGUCGCCCCCGACCUGGACGGGAGCCUGGCGGGGUCAGCCCCUGACGAGCUGCCUGGCGCAUGGCUGUGUGGGGACUGGGAUCCCGCCUUGGCCUGCGCGGGGGCCUCGGCGCCGGCAGGCUGCUGUGUCCUCGUUUCCAGAGCCGCGGCCCCCAGGGCGUGGAAGACGGGGACGGGCCACAGCCUUCCUUGAAGACACCCAAGAUCCCCAAGAUAUACACCAAAACAGGAGACAAAGGGUUUUCUAGCACCUUCACUGGAGAAAGGAGACCUAAAGAUGACCAAGUGUUUGAAGCCGUGGGAACUACAGAUGAAUUAAGCUCAGCCAUUGGGUUUGCUUUGGAAUUAGUCGCAGAGAAAGGCCACCCGUUUGCUGAAGAGCUGCAGAAAAUCCAGUGCUCGCUGCAGGACGUCGGCUCUGCCCUGGCGACCCCGCGCUCCUCGGCCAGGGAGGCUCACUUAAGAUGUGCUGCAUUCGAGGCGGGGCCCAUCCUGGAGCUGGAGCAGUGGAUCGACAGAUACUCUAGCCAGCUCCCCCCUCUCACGGCGUUUAUCCUGCCGUCGGGAGGCAAGAGCAGCUCCGCGCUGCACUUCUGUCGGGCCGUGUGCCGCCGAGCAGAAAGACGGUGGACGCCAGCCAGCCCGGGUCUCUGUCCUCAGAGCCCUGCAUAGCCGAGGGGAGACAGUGACCUGCGAGCAGACAAAUGACAGAUGAUGUAACCACAUCACGCUCAGAGCUUACGGAGAAACAAGAGGUUAUAGGUGAACAGGGUAGGAGGAGUCCCUGAUGGGGUUAGCUGGUUAUUUAUAAUUCUGACACUCACAUGCUAUGAAAGUCAAAAGGAUAUUCGGGGAGAGGCCUCCCUGCCCUGUGCCCCGGCUCCUCAUCCCUGGGAGUUAACGUAAGUGGGGUAGUUGGAGCCGGGCAGAAAUGAGUGGAGAGCCCCGCACCGUGGUCAGGGCUGUGAGGGACGUGGAGUGAACACAGGGAGGGUGUCUCCCAGUCACACUGCGUGAGCCAGGGGUUGAAGGAUUGGGGGGCGGGGAGGAACAGCGUCCAGUGCGAGGGGACAGCAAGGGCAGAGGUGGCAGCCCACACUGAACGGACACAAAGGAGACCCGAGUGUCUGGGUCCAGAGGGAGAGGGUGUGGGGCACAACGAGGCCAGAGACCGGGCAGGGCCUCGGAGGCACAGAGAGGUCUACCUCUAUCCCGAGAGCAAUAGGAAACCGUUGGUGGGCUUUAGGCCACAUGGUGACAUGAAGGGACCCUGCUGGCUGCUGGGUACAGAAGGGCCCAGAGGGACCCACAGGGCUGGUGCGGGGCUGGGGGGGGGGGGGCAGGUGGAAGCUCUCAACAGACCUGCCACCCACUGCCCCAACACCUCCAAGUCAGGAAGAGGAAGGACCCCUAAAAGCUACUGACAGCCUUUCAGA